AUGGAUCGCUUCCUGCGCGUUCUGUCCCCCGACCGCUCCAAGGCAACUUCGACACGGGACCCUCCACGCCCGUACGCCCGCCGCCUGUUCCAAGCCCAAAGCGACCCCUUCGCCGCCGCGGUCGCCCCGCCGCUCGACGAGCCCGCGGCCACGCGCAAGUCACGCCAGCGCGCGGAGGCGGAGGCGCGCAGGGUAAGCAGCGCCAUCGACGAGCAGCUCCGGAAGGAGCACGUCGAGGCGGCGGUGCGCAGGGCGCGCGGGCGCGUCCCGAUCACGGCGCGCCUGCACGCCGUGCACGCAAAUGUGUUUCGCCCGCAAGCCGAGCCCGACUCGGAGAUGCCUGCGUCGGACGCGGACGCGCUGGACCCGGUGCGCAGGCCGAGGGUGCAUUUCGAGGAGAUCACGAAGUUUUUGGAGCUCGAUCUCGCUACAGAGCCGGCUAAUUAUCGUACGCGCUCGAGGCACAAACUCAGUAUACUGAUCAGCGUCAAGUUCGAAGAACUCUCGACGGACGUGUAUGACGAGCUCCUGCGACGAAGGAGUAACUUUGAGGGAAAUGGACCCUUUGUUCCUCAUCUGCCCUACCAGGACGAUUUCCACCCCAAGCGUCUUAGCCAUCGUCAGUCGCUUUCGAGCCUAGGAGAGUCUGCAUUCGCACAUCUAGCAGGCGACAUCUGUUAUGAACUCUUGAGACGGUUUCCGGAGAUCGAACCUCAGGUGCAUCCGCAAAUAUAUCUCUUCUUGGGGUUCUUCGACUGA